GAGAGAGAAGAAGAAGAAGAAGAGAGGCAACAGGAGAGAGCAUUUUAUUACAAGAGAGAGAAACAAAGGAGGGAAAAAGAGAUUGUGCGUCUGAAUGUAACGCCUCCGACGAAGCUUCAACGAGGGCGAGGAAGAGCAGCUCUGCAGCCUCCAGCGUUAUUAGCAUCACUUUGCUGCUGUGGUUAUCUUGGAGCCGAGAAGCAGUCGGAGGAAGUCGAAAAACUUUAAGCAGCUUUUGGGAUUUUAUUGGAUCAGAUAAGAGGAGCAAAAUCAGUGAACCUGAGCAGCGAAGAUGAACCAGACUGCGUCCGUGUCUCAUCAGAUUGAGUGUCAGCCAAUCAAGGACUCCAAGGAGUUCGUGGACGUCAGCCCCCCCCAGAGGAACUGGAAGGGCAUCGCCAUCUCCCUGCUGGUGAUCGUGGCGGUCUGCUCGGUCAUCACCAUGUCUGUGGUCGUCCUCACGCCCGCGGAGCUCCCCGGCAGCAGCAAGUCCAGCCUGACUGUGGCCGACCUGUACGGACCAGAGUUCAGCGUCCACGACCCCGAGGCCACGUGGGUCAGCGAUUCAGAGGUGGUCUACAGGAACCGGGACGGUCACGUCAUCAAGUUCAACUUCGCCUCCAACGAGACAGAAGUCAUCAUGACCAACAGCACGUUUGUGGCCUUCAAGGUGGUAAAGUAUUCGCUCUCUGCAGACCUGAAGUACGCGCUCUUCGCCUACGAUGUCAAGCAGAUGUACAGAUAUUCAUACACGGCGUCUUACAUCGUUUACAACAUCUACACCAGGGAGGUAUGGGAGCUAAACCCCCCGGAGGUUCACAACGCGGUGCUCCAACACGCGGCUUGGGGAAGACAAGGACAACAGCUGAUCUACAUCUUUGAGAAUAACAUCUACUACCAGUCUGAUGUGAAGAGCAACUCUCUAAGAAUCACCUCGUCUGGGAUGGAGGGAGUCAUCUUCAACGGGCUGGCCGACUGGUUGUAUGAAGAGGAGAUUCUGCGUUCCCACUUGGCUCACUGGUGGUCUCCUGACGGAGAGCGGCUGGCUUUCCUCACCCUCAACGACACCCUGGUACCCAACAUGGUUCUGCCCCGGUUCACCGGGAACACGUAUCCCAAAGGACUACAUUACCCAUAUCCCAUGGCCGGUCAGAGGAACCCUGGCGUCAAGUUGUCGGUGGUCAACCUGUUCGGAGCGACACACACUCAAGAACUGCAGCCUCCAGAUCAGCUCAGGCACAGUGAUUUCUACGUCACCAUGGUGAAGUGGCUCAGUAAAACCCACCUGGCAGUGCGGUGGGUCAACCGGCCCCAGAAUGCAUCAGUGCUGACGGUGUGUGAAGCCACCAUAGGAGUCUGUCUUCAGAGACACGAGGAGUCUUCAGAGACGUGGCUCUCCAUGCAGGGACAGGAGCCGCUGUUCUCCAAGGACAGGACCAGGUUUUUCCUCACGCUGCCCGUGAAACAAGGAGGUCACGGAGAUUUCCAUCACAUCACGAUGUUCUCCAAAAAGUUGCGCAGUGACCACUACGAAGUCCGACACUUAACGUCGGGAGACUGGGAGGUGACAAAGAUUGUUGCCUACGAUGAAAACAACCAGAUCGUAUACUUCCUGAGCACAGAGGACUCUGCACAACAAAGACAUUUCUACAGUGCGUCCACCCUCGGUCUGUUUCCACGACGAUGUCUCACCUGCGGACUGAAGGAAGAGUGUUUGUUCUUUGACGCCGACGUCAGCCCCGAUGCACAGCACGCCAUCCUGCACUGUAAAGGUCCUGGAGUUCCAGCUGUGCUGCUCCUCAGUCUGGAUGACGUAGACUCAUAUUUCAUCUUAGAGAACAACCGUCCUCUGCGCUCGGCGCUGGAGACUAAGAAGAUGAUUCACACCGAAAUCCGGAUGAUCACUAACGACAACUUUGAGCUGCCUCUGAAGCUCAUCUACCCUCCGGACUUCUCUGAGUCCUACCUGUACGGCCUUCUUCUAAUUGUGGGCAGUUCCCUGGCCUCCCAGGCGGUGACGGAGGAGUUCGGGCUGGACUGGGCCUCCGUGCUGGGGGGGUCCGAGCAGGUCAUCGUAGCUCGGCUCGACGGCAGAGGCUCGGGGUUCAGGGGACAAAGGGUUCUACAGCAGGUCCACCAGAGGCUGGGCACGGUGGAUGCAGAGGACCAGGCAGCAGCUGUGGAAUACCUGGCGGGUCUGCCCUUCGUGGAUCGCACCCGUGUCGGCGUCUUCGGAGAGGACUACGGGGGCUUCCUCGCGCUGACGAUGCUGAAGUCGACGGAGAAGCUGAUCCGAUGUGCUGCAGUGCAGGCUCCUGUCACUGACUGGUCCGUGUACGUCUCGGCCGUCUCGGAGAGAUACCUCGGCUCACCCUCCGCUGACAAGAACAGAUACCAAGCGUCCAGAGUGGUCACCAACAUGAAAGGUCUGCAGGGAGGAACUCUGUUUCUGGCUCACGGCACCGCAGACGCCAACGUUCACUUCCAGCACUCUGCAGAGCUCAUCAAACACCUGAUAAAGAUCGGGGCCAACUAUACCAUGCAGAUCUACCCAGACGAGGGCCACUUCCUGUCCAGACGCAGCCGGAUUCAGCUGACUCACUCCCUAAUUGGUUACUUUAGAGGAUGUCUGCUUGACGCGUCGUCAUUACUCGACCAACAACAACGGGGCGGCGAAUGAGAGGAGACGUGGUUAUUAUUACUGGUGUGUGUGUGUGUGUGUGUGUGUGUGUGUGUGUGUGUGUGUGUGUGUGUGUGUGUGUGUGUGUUUGAUACCUAUAGGACAACAUUUCAAGGACAAAACAAGCUUCUUCCCAACAUAUCAGAUGUAGUUUCUAUCCCUCAUCACCUCAGUAGAAUAAAGCUCCUCCAGUCGGCUCCAUCAUGCAG